AAAAUUUGGAAAAAAAACUGAGUUUUUGGAACCAUGGGCUCCAAAAGAACAUUUAGUGGUCUGCUGCUAAUUUGUUGUUUGAUUAUUUGUGAAUUUGUUUCAGCUGAAACCUGUCAAUACAAUGAAUUCCGGUGCGACGAUGGAAGAUGCAUUUCUGAAAGCCAAAAAUGCGAUGGAAGGCACGAUUGUUCCAGAGGAGAAGACGAAAGGGAUUGCCGUGAUUGUGGCCCUUACCAAUUCCGUUGCGACAAUUCUCAAUGUAUAGAUGAUCGUCUAAAAUGCGACGGACGUUCCGAUUGUUCUGAUGGAAGUGAUGAGAGGAAUUGUGACGACAACAAGUGUGCAGCCAACGAAUUCAGGUGCAAAUCUGGUGACUGCAUUCCUAGAAAAUAUCUUUGUGACCAAACCAGGGAUUGUGCUGACAAUUCUGAUGAAAGUCCUGAACAAUGUGCAAAAACUGAUCAUACCACUCCUGGACCACAUGCUGGAUGUGAUGGUAACGAAUUCAGAUGUCGUGAUGGAAGUUGCAUCCCUGACUACCAGCGUUGCGAUAGGAGACGCGAUUGUGCUGAUGGCAGUGACGAAGACGAUUGCGGAAGUUGCUCUGCCGACGAGUUCCGUUGCGCAAAUGGCGUCUGCAUUUCCGGUGAGGAAGUUUGCGACGGAACCCAAGAUUGCUUUGACGGAGACGACGAACAGGAUUGUCCUGUUCGUUGUGAGCCCUACGAGUUCGAGUGUGACAACAAAUGUUUACCUGAUGAUGUCAAGUGUGAUGGAUACUCCGAUUGUGCUGAUGGAAAGGAUGAAUUGUACUGCUCUCAUACAACUACACAAAAACCGACUUGCUCACCAUACGAGUUCACUUGUGGAACUGGCGAGUGCAUUCCUUCCUAUUCCAAAUGUGAUGGACGUACUGAUUGCAGAGACCAGAGCGAUGAAAGAGAUUGCGAUUGCAGAUAUGGUGAAUUCCGUUGCGCAAGUGGAGAAUGCAUCUCCGGCAGACAGAGAUGUGACAGAGUCCACGAUUGCAGAGAUGGAAGCGAUGAAAGAGAUUGUCCACAACCUGAUGACCAAACCACGAACAGACCUUAUCCACCACAACCAACCGAAGCUCCUCACCAUAGAUGUCCAUAUGGAACCCAAUCCUGCGCCGUUUCGAACCAAUGCGUGCCAUCAAACCAAUGGUGUGAUGGAAGAUCAGAUUGUGCUGAUGGAUCUGAUGAAAGGAAUUGUGUUGGACACGAGCCUUUGAACCUAAAAACAUACCCAAGUGAACAAGUCAUCAAAGAAACUACUUAUAGAGAGGGUCGUGAAGUAGUAUUCCAGUGCAGAGACGAAGGUUCUAACAGAGCCCGAGUUCGUUGGACUCGCCCCAACGGAGCACCACUACCACCUGGUUCCAGAGAUUUGAAUGGAAGAUUGGAAAUUCCAAAUAUCCAGGUUUCCCAGGCUGGUGCUUAUAUCUGCGAAGCUCAGGGAUUCCCCGCCAACACUCCUGGUGCGAGUGUCACUGUUUAUUUGAAUGUCGAACCAUAUACUGCUCCAACUUAUCGUCCUGCUAAAGCUUGUGGUCUUCACGAGGCAACUUGUGGAAAUGGUGAUUGUAUUCCCAAACAUCUGGUUUGUAAUGGUGAAUACGACUGUGCUGAUGGAUCUGAUGAAAGCAGAUGCAGUCCUCAUGGUUGUGAACCCAACGAAUUCCGUUGCAACAACAAGAAAUGCGUUUUGAAAUCCUGGAGAUGCGACUCUGAUGACGAUUGUGGCGAUAAUUCUGAUGAAGAAUUCUGUGCAACUACACCACCAGAUGCACCCUGCAAGUAUCAUGAGUUUGCUUGUGCCAGUGGCAACCAAUGUGUACCUAAAGCUUACCAUUGUGACAUGCAAAGAGAUUGUCUUGAUGGAUCAGAUGAAAGAGGAUGCACUCCUCCUGAAAUUGUACAACCCCCAUCACCACCAAUGAAAGUAGUAACAGUUGGAUCAGAAUUGGUAAUAACCUGCACAGCCGUUGGUGUCCCAACACCAGAAAUCAGUUGGCGUUUGAAUUGGGGCCACGUACCAGCCAAAUGUAAAAUGACCAGUGUCGAAGGACGUGGUGAAUUGGUUUGUCCAGACAUCCAGAAAUCUGAUGAAGGUGCUUAUUCUUGUGAAGCUAUAACAUCCACAACGACCAAGAUUGCUGUUCCUGAUUUAAUCCUUGUCGUAAUCACUGGCAGUGGUGUUUGUCCAGCUGGUCAAUUCAAUGAUGAAGCUCGAGUUCCAUCAGAGUGUAUUAAGUGCUUCUGCUUUGGGGCUACGACUAAUUGCAGCAGUGCUGAUUUGUUCACAUAUUCGUUGCCGCCACCAUUUGUUGCCGAUAGCGUUGUUGGUGUCCGAGUUGGACCAAGAGGAGAUCUCACAGUUGGUGAUGCUGAACCAGCUUACAGAGGUCGAAGACCACAACUUACACAACAUGAUGCCAAUGGAGCUACGCUUUAUGUCAGUGGCAUGGACAGCAGAUCAUCUGGUUCAAGUGGUUAUCCAUAUCUACCAGUACCAGAAAGUUUCUCAGGCAACCAACUCAAAUCCUAUGGUGGUUACAUCAAAUAUCGUGUAGAAUUCCGUGGUUAUGGCGAACCAGCAAGAAUUCCUGAUGUCAUCUUAGUCGGUAAUGGUUAUACUUUGACUCACACAUCCCGGGAACUUUUAACAUCAUCUACACCUGGUACCCAAAGAUCUGCACGAUUAUUCGAAGGCGAAUGGGACAAAGUACGUGAAGAUGGUUCAGGAACAGUUCCAGCAUCUCGUGAAGACAUCAUGAUGGUUCUGGCUAGAGUUGAUCGUGUUCUCAUCAAGAUGCAAUAUGUUGAAGGCAAUACUGUCGAAUGCACGUUAUCAGAUAUAACAAUGGACUCUGCAGGAGUUAGUAACGUCGGUCAAGGACCGUCUAACUAUGUUGAAGAGUGCAGAUGUCCUGCAGGUUACACAGGAUUGUCUUGUGAGUCUUGUGCUCCUGGUUAUACAAGACAAACAUCCGGACCUUGGCUCGGCAGAUGCCACCGUGAACCAGAAGUUUGCCAACCAGGAUUCUAUGGAGACCCAUCAAGAGGAAUCCCUUGCAGAAUUUGCCCAUGUCCCCUCACGAACCCCAGCAACCAAUUUGCUCGUACUUGUUCUCUGGGACCAGAUGGUGAUGUCGUGUGCGAUUGUGCUACCGGAUACGAAGGACGUCGUUGCGAACGUUGUGCUCUGGGAUACGAAGGCAAUCCAACCAGACCUGGAGACAGAUGUAGACUUGCUCAACCUGCUCCUGAACCACCAAGACCACCAACACCUGAGAGAUACGAAUGUGACCCUGCAGGAUCCCUUAGCACUAGACCUGAUCCUAGAACUGGACAAUGCUUGUGCAAGGAAUCAACUACUGGACCACGUUGCGACCGUUGCAAAGAAAACGCUUUCCAUUUGGACUCUGAGAACCAAUUCGGAUGCAUCAGCUGCUUCUGUAUGGGCAUUACACAACAAUGUACAAGCUCCAGAGAUUAUAGAGACCAGAUUUCUGCAUCAUUUGCCCAUUCGUCUAACGAGUUCGCUCUGAUCGAAUCCCAACGCAAGAAGACACCGAUCACAUCUGGACUACAGGUUGAUCCAUCACGCAGAGAAUUAGUUUACCACUCCUUCAGUCCUUCAAGACGCGAUACAUUCUACUGGAGUCUUCCAUCUAGGUUCUUAGGAGACCGUGUCACUUCUUAUGGAGGUGUCUUAAACUACACCAUUAGACACGUACCUGCACCAGGUGGCAAUUCCAGAAACAGUGCUCAUGAUGUUGAAUUAAUUGGUAACGAUGUGCAAUUGAAAUACUUCGGCAAAGAACAACCACAACCUGACCAACAACAAACCUUCAGCGUCCCCUUGUUGGAACAAUAUUGGCAGAGGACUGAUGGUAAUCCAGUGAACAGAGAACAUAUGUUGAUGGCUUUGGCUGAUUUGGAGAACAUCUUCAUCAAAGCUACGUAUACCACGAUGGCUGAAGAAGUCGGGUAA